GGCAUGCGCACGUACCUAUGCGUCCGCGCACGACGUUUGCCACCGAGAUCCGAGCCUGUUCCGAUCCAGGUAUUUUUAGCGGCAAACCAGUUCCCUGACUCGAAAGUGAUCGAAUAGCUCGCGAAUGCAAAAGGGUAUUCCUUUUUUAAAAAAUAAACUUAAUAAUAAAAACUUCUUGGAGUUGAUUUGUGUUGUGAACUUGUGAGACUGCGACUGGGGAAGUUUGAGGGACUUUUGACAGGGGGUUUUUGGAAGAAAAAUAAAGGCAGAACCAAUGGCGCAUUACCGGUUUCUGUGCCUAAUCGUCGUAGCUGCGUAUGGAGUCCAGUCCAGCUAUGGAGCAACAACCAGCACCCGCGAGGACCACACACUGCCAAGCUUGCGGCAGGAGGUGGAGGAUAACAGCCGGUACAAGACCCUGGAGGCCAACGCCACCAUGCUACGGCUGCUCGUCAGCGACAGCAAUGGAGUCACCAGAACAGAAGUGUUCGACAUGCUGCAUUCGCGGGAUGACAACGUGGAGCAUAUCGACCUGCCGCCGUUCCCUGAGGACGCGGAGGCGGCGCGGGCCGAGGUGCCUCAACAGCCCAAAGACCAGGCUGAAAUGCUGCAAGGUCCAGACGAGGUGGUGUACCACGAGAGCACGGAGCGGGAGUGGCAGGAGGGGUCGCGGAGUGCGGCUGCCUUCCUGAUGGUGGUGGUGGUAUGCGCCGUCGUGCUGCUCGCGUACGGCGCGCUGAUCGUGUGGAGGAGGAUAUACUUACAACGGAACGGAUUAAAACACGAGCAGUUGAAAAACGAACCUAACGUGGAGGAAACGUUCGACAUGUGAAAAUCUAACGGAGCGAAUAAGAUGGAUUCAUACUGAAGAACGGAGCACAAUUAUCCGAGUCAUAACUAAAUAAGAUGUUGUAAAUAAUGUGUUAUUUAUAGUAUUAAGGUGAAUUAGUGGUAAACACUACUGGGCGCCAUUGAGCUCAGAGCUGCUAAGGUUUAUUCCACCUCACAACCCACACGAUAGAAGACUACUGGGCACAUGCCUCCCUCAAUCGCAGGUUCGAUCCCAGCUCGGGCCUAAACCAAUUUGUUUUCGAAUUCAUGUUUAGAUAAAUAAUUAUCAUGUGCUCAGCGGUGAAGAAAAACAUCGUGAGGACACCUACAUA